CACUGAGGCUUCUCAAUGAAAUGAAACACUAUCAGAGGCUACCUGAUUAUGUUGUGGCAAUUUGUGCAUCGAAAAUCCGAGGAAAUGAAUUCUGUGUGGUGGUUUUAGGUCAGCAUCAGUCCCGGGCUCUGGCAGAGAGCAUGCUUACCACAAGUGAGUUUUUGAAAGAAAUUAGUUAUGAGCUCAUCACAGGAAAGGUCAGUUUCCUGGCAUCACAUUUCAGAACCACGUCAUCAGGUGAUGACCUGGACAAGCUGCUAGAAAAAAUGCAACAAAGAAGAGGAGACAGUGUAGUCACCCCUUUCAAUGGUGACCUUACGGAAUGUGUGUCGCCUCAGGAGGCUGCUGCUAUGACCCCAACACAAACCCUGGCUCACAGUUGCCAGAAGACUCUUAUCCCAGGUGUGUGCGAUCGCAGACAGUGGCAGCCAGAGCCUGGACCUCGGCCACUUUAGCAAAGUGGACUUCAUCAUCAUCGUCCCAAGGUCAGAG